GAGUGAGAAAGGAUAUAAAACUGAAAGAGUCAGAUCUAGUGAGUAGGAAGUGGAAACUACAGCUCAGGAUUACAGUUAUGGUCUCUUAGUUGGAAAACAGUCUCCCUUUAAUGAUUGAAAAGAAGGGAGGUCUAUUGAUAAGGGAUCAGCUGCAAAAUGCACACGUUCAGAUGUGUGUGACUUGCAGGUGAACUUUGAUCUCAAAUAUGGCCGGGUUUUACUGUAUCAGAGGCACAGUCCUCAUUUGACUUUGGCUCUCGGACGGGGCGGGUUCUUUAUGAAGCUGGUGUUUUGGGGCAACAUAUAAUCCCAAUUAAUAGACUUUAUUUUCUCUCUGUUGCGAGGUGAGGGUGUGUGGAGAAGCAGCCAUGUUUAACCGUAACUUCAAGAAUGUGUUGGUGGUCUCCAUCGGGUUUCUGUCUCUGUUCACGGCGUAUGGAGGCUUGCAGAGCUUACAGAGCAGCCUGAAUGCCGAGGAGGGGAUGGGUGUGGCGUCUCUAAGUGUCAUCUACGCCUCCAUCAUCAUCUCCUCCAUGUUUCUGCCUCCCAUCAUGAUCAAGAACCUGGGCUGCAAAUGGACCAUCGUGGUCAGCAUGGCCUGCUACGUCUCCUACUCCUUUGGGAACCUCUACCCUGGAUGGUACACGCUCAUCCCGACCUCGGUGAUCCUGGGCUUGGGCGGCUCUCCUCUCUGGUCAGCUAAAUGCACCUACCUGACCAUCUCUGGGAACAUCCAGGCUGCCAACGAGGGCAAGAAGGGCUCUGACGUCAUCAACCUGUACUUCGGCAUCUUCUUCUUCAUCUUACAGUCUUCUGCAGUCUGGGGAAACCUCAUGUCCUCACUCAUAUUUGGACAGGACACCAAAAUAGCCAACAUCACAGAGGAGCAGCUGCAGUUCUGCGGCGUGGGUGCCUGUGAUGUUGUGAUCAACGGCACCUCCUCCUCCAGACCAGAUGAAAAACUAGUCUGGACGCUGGUCGGAUGCUACAUUGGUGUCGGGGUGCUGGCCAUGAUCAUCGUGGCAGUGUUUCUGGACAACAUCGACCGGGAGCAGACCAGCCAGUUCCGUGGGAACCGGGAGCCGUUCUGCCACACGUUCCUGGCCACGUUCAGACUCCUGAAGGACUGGAGGCUGUUGACCCUCAUCCCUCUCACCAUGUACAGCGGCUUUGAGCAGAGCUUCCUCUCUGGGGAGUACACCAAGAACUACGUGACGUGUGCCCUCGGGAUCCACUAUGUUGGCUUUGUGAUGAUGUGUUUCGGUGCCACCAACUCUGUCUGCUCCUUUCUCUUUGGAAGGCUGGCUCAGUACACCGGGAGAGCAGCACUCUUCUUCCUGGCGGCCAUCACCAACUUCUCCUGCAUCCUGGCUCUGCUGUUCUGGAAGCCUCAUCCUGACCAGAUUGCCGUCAUCUUCGUGUUUCCUGCUCUCUGGGGAAUGGCGGACGCUAUUUGGCAAACUCAGACCAACGCCCUGUACGGCAUCCUCUUCCCCAGGGCCAAAGAGGCGGCUUUUGCCAACUACCGCAUGUGGGAGUCCCUGGGCUUCGUCAUCGCCUUCGCCUACAGCACUUUCAUCUGCCUGGAGAUCAAACUGUACAUCCUGCUGUCCGUUCUGCUGCUGACCGCCGUCACCUACCCCAUAGUGGAGUACAGGGAAUACAAGAAUCCCACACCUCCCAUCGAACAGGGAACCUACAACAAAUACAAAGAAACCACUCAAAAAGAUGAGAUGCGUGUUAUCGCUCAGACCAGACUCUAGAAUAGGGAUAGUUCACCCAUUUUGACGAAAGUGAUAUUAUUUCU